AUGGCGGAGUACGAGGCCCACCUCAGCGGUCUUCACAUCGCCAUCGAGAUCGGCAUCAAACGCCUCGAUAUGCGGGGAGACUCUCAACUCGUCAUCGACCAGGCGAUGAAAGAGUCCAGCUGCCACGACAUGAAGAUGAAGGCAUACUGCAACGCAGUAUGCCGCCUCGAAGACAAGUUCGGCGGCCUCGACCUCAACCACAUCGCACACCACAGUCCCCCGAACGUCUUCACCCGUGACCUCGCCAAGCCGUCCAUCGAUGUCAAGGAUCCAGCGGGGGCUAGUGAAACGACCGCCGAGGCCACGGCCAAGGACCCCUCAGUGGGUGAGUCCGAGGCCAUGGAAACAGAGACUGAGACCUCCUCGGCGGACGAGACUGAGGCGACGCAAAUCGACGAGGCUCUACUUUCACGUGACUGGUGUGUCCAGUACCUCGACUGGACAAUCCGAGGGGUGCUACCCUCGGAUCGCGCUCAGGCGCGGCGCAUUGCCAGGUGGGCCAAGUCUUUCAUCUUGAUCGACGAAGAACUUUACAAACAUGGCCCCUCGGGCAACCUGCAAUGCUGCAUCCCCAUUCCCGAAGGUAGGGAACUGCUCCGAGACAUCCACGCCGGAGUCUGUGGCCACCACGCGGCGCCAUGCACCCUCGUGGCAAUGCAUUCAGGCAGGGUUUUUACUGGCCCAUAG